GCCUGGAGCCGUGGACUGGGUACUUUCGUGGGGGUGCGUGCACCCAUCAGCCUCGGAGCCCCGGAAUCACAGAGACACGCAUCGAUGCAGCGCGUCUUCGACUGAAGCCUAGACUGCACCCAUUGUGACUACAAGCAGCGACGCAGCUUCUACAUAUACUAGACUGGUCGCCGCGCGAGUUCGAGCAACUUCUGCGCGCCGGGCGCCGCGCGCGAACACGCAGAGUUUGAACCUCGCAACACAUCAACUACAACCGCGCGCGCGCGGCAUGGCCGCGCUCGCGCAGCGCUGCCAGGCCAUCGCCGCCGCCCCGGAAGCGCAGCCCGCGCGCAUCGUGAGCCUCAACAGCCUCGACAAGCUCGACGACGCUGACGCUCUGUGCAGAACGUCUCCGGUGACCGUCGCGACCGGCGCCGCCGCCCUCGAGCGCGCGUCGACGCCGCCGCCGUCGCCACCAAAAACAACGACGACCUACGUCGAGGGCGCCGUCUCCGUCUUGGCGCGCUGCCGCAGCGGCCCGAAGCUCCAGUGGCGGCCCGCGGCGUUCUCGGUCGACCGAGUUCACGGAAACUUGCGCAUCUUCCGCAGUGAUGAAGAAAGACGCGCGUGGCACGCGCACCGCCACGACAACAUCGCGAAGUUUCACCUCUCCCUGUCCGGCGAACAUGCCGUCUCGCCCGUCAUCAACGCCGACGCGCCGCCGUCGCCGCCGCGCGGCCGCGUGCGCUUCCGCCGCGUGCUCGCCGACGUGCGCGAGGAGACGUCGUCCGACGAGGGCGACGAGAGCGUCUCGUCGCUGCCGCCGACGCCGCUCUCGACGCGGACGGAGCGCUACUGCACCUUCUCCGUGACGAAGGGCGGCGCGCCGCUCCUCAAAUUCGCGGCGCCGCCCUGGCGCCGCCGCGACCUCGACGCGCUGCACGGCGCGCUCGCGGCCGUCGCGGGCGCCGUCGCGGUCGUGCCGCCGUGAGAGGACCUGUCUGAUUACCCCCUUCUUCCCCCCCUAUCCGCUCGUGGUGUUGUAAGGCGGCGGUGUUUUUUA